AACACUUCAAGCGGAUGAGGUGAAUGUUUCUGCUGUGAGGAGGAGCUUUAAAGGAGAAAACACAAGCGUACCUGAGCUUGAGAUCAUCUGUGAGAAGAGGAAAACACACCUUUUGUUCAAAAUAUUCAUCAUUUCAUCCAACGAUUGCAAUGGAGUUCAGAGGCAGUGUCAGACCCUUUGUUAACUUUAACGCCAAACAUGAUGCUGAAAUCCUUCACAAGGCGAUGAAAGGAAUUGGUACAGAUGAAGAUGUCAUUUUCAUGGUUCUGACUGCCCGCAACAAUGAUCAACGCCAGCAGAUAAAAGCAGCUUAUAAAAAAGCCUAUGGGAAGGACUUAGUCAGUGCCCUGAAAUCUGAGAUUGGAGGACUGUUUGAGGACUUGAUUGUGGCAUUGAUGAUGCCUCCAGUCUUAUAUGACGCAACUCUGCUGCACAAGGCUAUAAAGGGUGCAGGGACUGACGAUGAAGUUCUGAUUGAGAUCUUGGCUUCCAGGACUGGUGAACAGAUUAAGGAAAUCAUCAAAGUCUACAAAAAAGAGUUUGGAAACAAACUGGAGAAGGAUAUCAGCAGUGACACUGGAGGGAGCUACGGUAGACUCCUGGUGAUCCUGCUGCAGGGGAGCCGGGAGGAGGGAGUAGAAGAGGACAAAAUUGAAAAAGACGCCAAGGACCUGUAUGCUGCUGGCGAGGGCAAGUUUGGCACAGAUGAGGAAAAAUUCAUCACAAUUCUUGGCAACAGGAGCUCAGAGCAUCUCCUGAAAGUGUUUGAUGAGUACAAGAAGCUCUCUGGCUCUGACAUUGAGGACAGCAUUAAAGGAGAGACCACAGGGAAUCUGGAGGACUUACUUCUCGCCGUUGUAAAAUGUAUCAGAAAUGUCCCUGGCUUUUUUGCUGAGAGUCUCUAUAAAUCAAUGAGGCGAGCUGGAACUGAUGAUGGCACCCUGAUGAGAAUAAUGGUGUCAAGGAGUGAGGUGGAUAUGUUGGACAUCAGAGCAAACUUCAAGAAGAUGUAUGGACAAUCUCUUUACUCUACCAUCCAGGAGGACACAGCAGGGGACUACCAGAAGGCGUUGCUGUACCUCUGUGGUGGGAAGGAUUAAUCGUGUUUAAGGGAUGAGCUGCGACAGUUCUACUCACACAGAAUAAGAUAUCGAUCCAUUUUCUUCUUCCUUCUCUAAUUUACUGUUGAUUAAAUGAAUGCAAAUUACAAAUGAAUCACCAGAAAGCAUAUCAGCUCUGUUAAUAUCGGAAACAACACACUUCAGCAGCCCCUCUUCAAUGUUUAGAGGAGAUGCAAGCUUGAUUUUAAUAUGAAAAAUUAUAUUAAUUUUGUUGUAGAUUAUAAGGGGUUACUCUAAUACAGGUCAAGUUCUCAUCAAUGACAAUUCGGUACCUAAUUUGUGCUCAUUGUAAAUGUUAAAUUAGCCCACAAAAAAAGAAUACUCCUGAUCAAUUAUUUAGGCAACAUGUCCACACCACUGCUGCUGUCAUUAAUUACAAAUGAGAUACUGAUCCAGAAAAGAAAGCUAAGCCUGCUCUCAGUAAUCAAUACGUAAUAGGAGGGCAUUACACACUUGUUGACUUAAACAAGGAUCUUUUCACGAAGGCCCCAUGUGUUAACAAUCCGUAGAAGAUGACAAAUGUUCCAGGUCACUGAAGCUAAACCACAGGGUGGCAGCAAAGUUUAGCAUCCCCAGUAUCUCACCACAUUGAUCUAAGGAACAUAGUUUGGUUCUUUACUCAAAAAUUUUUCAAAUUUUAUUUUAUAUCUUAUGGAAAGAUCUUAAACCAAAGUACGGUCUAUUUUUUUUUCUUAAACCUGGUUUGUAAAAAUCCUACCUUUUUACGUAUGUCUGAAUGUCCUGUUUGUCUAUUUUUCCACAUGUUAUAGUGACUUUCAAAUCUUAUGUAUAUAACCUUUUUGAACUGUGCAAUAA